AAAUAAAAUAAAAUUAAGGAAUAAUAAAAUAAUAAUAAUAAUAAUAAUAAUAAUAAUCAAACUAAUUGUUUUUUAUACAUUUAAAUCAAAUUUAUAAUUUAAAUCAUUUACAUAUAAAUUUUAUCAUCCACACAAUCUUAUAAUAUUUUUAUUUGUCCUGGAAUAUUGUUUGUUAAAAGAAUUUUUUAUUUAAAUCAGAUAUCCUUAAUUCAAUGUUCAAAUUUUAAGGAAAGCCGAUGGGACAAAAGUAAAUGCUCAAAUUGUUUAAAUUUUUUACAAAAUCAUCCUUUAGAGCCAUUCAAAGAUAAUAACAAUAUAAAAAAUAGUAAUAAUAAUAGUAUAGAAAUUAAUAGUAAAAAUAACAAUAGCAACAAUAAAUUAUAUAUAAAAAAAAAUAAAUUUAGUCCUUUAGUUGAAAAAAUAGCAAUACUAAAAGAAAAAAAAAUAGAAAAAAAACAAAUUAAAAAAGAAAUAAAUCCUUUAAGUUUAUCUCAACCUGAACUAAUUUGUUUAUCACCAAACUCAUCAUCUAUAAAUAUUUCUCCAUUGUUUUUAUCAGAGAGAAAUAUAGUAAAUAAAUAUAUAAAUAGUAGUAAUAGUUACUCAGCCGAUAGCAUAAAACAAGAAGAAGAGGAAAUGGAUCAAUCAAAUAAACCAGUUUUUACAGAAUGUUUAGAGUUUAAAAUGAAUCAAUGGCGUCCAAAUAUUUGUUGCCAGUGUUUCUUACCAAAAAUUAAACAUAAAAAUAUACCCGAAAUCGUUGAUUCUAAACCUUUAAUAUCACAAUCUUCACAAACUUCAACCAUAACACCAGUUUCAUCCUCAACAUCAACAAAAACUUCAACCAUCACAACCCAUAAAAAUGCAAAUAAUAAGACUGUUAUAACAUAUAUUUCUUCAACCACAACAACCACAACUACAACUACAGCCACUGGAACUACCUCAACAAACAAUGAUAAUAAUUCAUUAACGGUAAAGUCCACCGCAUCACCAUCUCCCUCAAGAACUGCAUCACCCAAUCUUAAAUCGGUUUCACCAUCAUCAUAUAGCACUGUUGUUGUACCACCUAUAAAUAAAUCAAUGUCAACACCAGGCUCUCCAAUACUAUCAAGAUCAUAUAAAAGUAAUAGUGGUUCGUCAAAUAGUCAAAUUCAUACUACCGCACCAAAAAUUGUACCGGUUUUAAAAAGACAAUUUCAAUCAUUUCCCUCCAUUCCAAAGAUAUCAAAGGCAACCUUAGUUCAAAACUCUACAGAUCCAAUUAUUUUGUGUAAAUAUACAAUUGAAUCACAACCACCAAAUGUUUCGUUACUUAAACCAACUUUAGUAGAGUUUGUAAACCAACCAGAUUCCAAUGAACCAAAUACAAAAGAAGAACACCUAAGCCCAAGAAAGGAUCUAUCUAUUUUCAAAACAUCAAAAGUUGACGCUAUUACCACCCACAAAUCAGUUUCAAUUACAAUUUCUACAUCAUCUUCAACAUCGCCAUCCUCGACUACUACCACCACAUCAACAACAACAUCAAUUAUCGCUGAGGAGCCACCAUCACCAGUAUUAUCAAACCUAUCAACACCUACUGCUUCAACAAUACCAAUGUCACCAUCAUUACCAUCAAUACCAUUCCAUAAGUUUGAAACAAAUGAUGACAUUGAUUCAUUAAAUAUAGACACCAAUGACAAUAGUAUCAAUGAUGACGAUAGUUUUGAUUUCGAAACAAAUGAAGAUGAUAAAGAAUUGAUAAAUUUUAAUAAAGCUUUAGGUAAUACAACAAUUUUAAGUGGUAGCAAAAGCUGUUCAAGUAAAAGAAAUAGUAUGAAUAUUCAACCAUUAAGAAUAAAAUCUUUUUCUUUUUCUUCCCCAAUUCCAUUUGUAGAAGAUGAUCCAUUUGAAGGUUUUGAAGAUUUAGUUGACGACGACGAAAUUAUACAACCUGAACCAAUAAAACAAUCACAAGAUAAUAAUAAUAUAGAAAAUGAAAAUUUAAAAAAACAAGAAAACUAUGAUGAUGAAGAAGAUAUAUUUAAAGAUUUUGAAGAUUUUGAAGAUGACAGUCCUAAUACAACCCCAAAUACAGUAUCACUACCAAAUUCAACAAUUACAAUAACGACAACAAUUUUACAAAGCCCAAAUAUUGAAAAAACUACUACAACAACAUCCACAACAUCAUCAUCGUCCUCAACAGCUACUUCACCAAGUACAAAUUCAAGAUCAAUUAAUGUUAAGGGUAGUGUUACAAAUACAUCAUCAAAGUCACUAACAUCUUUAAUGUCAUCAUCUAUACCACCCAAACCAAAACAACUUGCAACAUUAACAACAACAAACAAAAGAAGAUCUCUUAAAAUGGAUCAAUUUAAAGAAAAUGAAGAUGAGUGGGAUCAAGGCGUAGAUCUUACAUCAUUCUUAAAAAAGAAACCCUCAUUACAAAGAGAUUUUAGUUAUUAUAAUAAUAAAUUUAUGGAAAUUUCUGGUGUUAAAGAAGAGGUCAAAAAACAAUCAAUUGACUUUGGCGGUGGUUUACAUCCAAAUGCAUUUGAAGCAUUCAAAGGAAUAUUAGAAGCUAAACAAACUCAAAUUAAAAAAGCAUUUGAAAGAAAUAAAAUCAACGAACCAGAUUGUGAUAUGUUAAUUACCGAGUUAAAUUCAGCCCAGAAAUUAUUAAAUGAUCUUUUAGAAUUAAAUGAAACAUCUCCAAAUAAUGAUAAUAAUCAAAGUAUAUUAAAUAAUCAAUCAAUUUGUAUAAAAAGUGAAAUAUAAUAUAAUAAUAUAAUAAUAUAAUAAUAUAACCAUAUAAUCUAUAUAUAGCGAAAUAUAAUUUAAAAAAUAUAUAUGUAAAUAACUAAAAACCUAAUAAAAAGAAAAUAACACCUUGUAUAUUU